AUGCUCAAGCAAUUGACAAUAAAUGUUCCCCUGGUUGAAGCACUUGAGCAAAUGCCAAGAUAUGCGAAAUUCAUGAAGGACCUUGUGACUAAGAAACAAGCGGUAAGCUGUGAAUUAGAGGUAGAUCUCCACCUUUGUAGCGUUAUUUCUAUAAGGACCUUAGUACAGAAGAAGCCAUACCCAGGUGCAGUCUCUAUUCCCUGCACAAUUGGGACAAUGGAAUUCACCAAAGCACUAUGUGAUCUAGGAGCAAGCGUUAAUUUGAUGUCACUGACUAUUUAUAGAAAAUUAGGUCUGGGAAAUCUCACACCCACCAAUAUGAGACUCGUGAUGGUGGAUAGGAUAAACGAUGAAGUGGUACAAUUUGAUAUAGCUAAAUCAAUGAAGCAGAAUAAAAAUAUGAGUGUGCUCUCAGUAGUUGAUGUGUAUUAUGAGGAAGAACAGGAGGUGCCCAUAGCUGAGCAACUUGUUAUCGAACCGUUAGUCGUGGUCAUGAUGAAUUAUGAUAGUGAGGCAUUGGUGAGUAUGAAGAGACUGUUUGUGCCUUGA